GGCUGCCCGGAUCAUUUUAAAUGGUGCACUUCCGUCACAUGUGAACGUUCGGCGUGGUUUACAUGUCGGUGCUGUUACUUUGAGUGUUUUGAAUUCGAGUGGUGCCCUUUCUCUCUGACAGUGUGUGAAUAUGAAGCUUCUCACGCACAACAUGUUGACCUCUCACGUGAAGGGAGUCACAAAGGGAUACCCGCUGCUCAUAAAGGCCACUGAAGUAAAAGUGAAUCAGCUGGAUUUCAACCCUCAAUUUGUGAGCCGCAUGAUUCCCAAACUCGAGUGGGGGGCCCUCGUCCAGGCUGCAGGGGAUUUGGGGUAUCGCCAGGACCUGCCUGGUGAACUGGUUGUAGAUUAUGAGCAAAAUGAAGAAUUCCUGAAGAAAGUGCACAGAGUACUUCUAGAGGUGGAGGUGAUGGAGGGCUCUCUAAAGUGUCCUGAAUCAGGACGGGAGUUCCCGAUCACUAAAGGAAUCCCCAACAUGCUGCUGAACGAGGAUGAAGCAUAAACAUCUCUGUAUCUGCAGAGCAAACCUUCCCCCCGUCAAGACUGUGUUCGGACAAAUGGACCACUCUGCAAUUACUUUUAGCAUUUCGAGUGUCAGCUCCUGAAGAAAACUAUCUGGAAAUGUUUAAGGAAAGUUAACCCUUUUUGAUUUUAUCUGUAUUUAUUUUUGUAAUUGUUGUUUUUUCUAAAUAAAACUAUCCAGAUAUUCCUCACA